CGCCUGCGCAGUGCGCAUAGCAACUCUCGUUUAGCGGAGGGAGCAGGGAGGGGAUCGCCCAUGAUUAGUUUGGGAAAGAGCGAGAGACAAUUUACCCCCAAACACACUGGCAGGAAUCAUGGAAAACCUGUUCCUGCCAGCAGACGCAGCCCACGCCGUGCUGAGGCGGCUGCGGAGGGCGAACUUCCUGCUGGAGGAGAUUAAGUUUGGGAACAUUCAGAGGGAAUGCCGUGAGGAGAUCUGCUCCUAUGAGGAGGCCCGAGAAGCUUUUGAGGACGAUGAGAAGACGAAGCAGUUCUGGAAUGAAUAUGUGCGAGAGAGCAGCCCCCCCGGCGGUCUGGGGACGGUGCCGGGCGGAGUCCAAUCGUUGUACCUAGUUGUGCCGUUACUGCUGGUUCUGUUCGUCAUCGCCGCCGUGGCCAUCACCGUGUGGCGGUGUCACUCCCGGAAACCCUCACAGCGCGGCCUCGGACAUUCACACCACAACCAGGUUCUGUCGACUGUUUCCUUAGACCAUUUGGGGAGGGAUCACCAGCACAGGGACCAAACAGAACUCAGUAUCCACAGCUGCCCAGCCUUUCUGGGCUCAGGAAAUACGCCAGGAAGCGCGGAAGACCCUCCACCGUCGUACGAGGAGGCCGUGGGCCAUACAGACGUCAGGAUUGAGACGGAACUUCCUCCACAGUACGAUGAUAUAGUUCACUCCAGUUCCACCAGGAGCAGUCGUGGGCAAGUUAAGUAGACCAACCACCCAAACAGACGUCUUAACCUGCACUGAUGGUGUCAUAGUCUGGCACUUCUGCUGCCGUACCACCUGCCUCACAUUCAACAUGAACAACUCAUUCACUGCCCCGUCAUUUUCAUGCAGGUUUUGUUGAACUAACUUUAGUGGAAGAUAGAAGGGAGAUUAUCGCAGCGCUAAAGCUUUCACAUUGAUUUUGUGUUGCGUUGUAGCAGAUCUUUCUAGAAUGCAAAAAUUUUAAAAAUGCAUGCAACCUAAAGCAUAAAACGGCCAUUAUAAGUACUUAUGGAAGUUUUAAAGCUCUUCAGUGCGCUUAUGUUUUUCAUCCCGUAACAUUUUGUAAAUACAUUUGAUCUCCAAUUUUAAAGUGAAAGAAAAAUUCUAGAGUUUCUAAUGUUACAUUUAACUUUAACUUAAGUUUUUCAAAACCAGUUACAAAAGAGGAAAUUUUCUUUAACAAAUACAUUUAACUACUUAAGCCUUACAAAAGUUAACUGCAUGAUUAAGAACCGCCAUAUCCAGCCUCAUUGUCUUUCAGUAAAGUGGAUAAUUUAAUGAGGAAAAUGUUAAGAGAAUGUGGAAAUGCAUAGAAAACGGCACUUGAGCUGCUUUACUUGGCUUUUUGGGUGUUUAGUGCUGAGCAGCUGGAGUUCAGCCGUCACUGUGUGCAAACUGGAAAUGACAUCCCGUUUUAUUAAAGGCAAACAAAACGGCUUACCGGUAAAUAAAACCACCAAAACCCUUUGUAAAACAAAGUAAAUAAUUCCCUUUUUCACUUUAUUGACUAGAAUCUAUGGGUUUUAAAACUGCCUUCUUUGAUUAGGUGUACAUGAUCUCCUUUUAAGUCAAUGCAUUUACACAAAAUGCAUUAGACAUUUCUGCAGACUGCGUCUGUAAAAACAGGUGCUGUUUUGUAUCUGUGCUUUUUACCUGUUUGAUGCAUGACUUCAGCUUUUCCAGCUGAGGUUAGUGCCGGCUUUGAACCGUUAACACUCAGCCCGCUUAUGGAUCACGCACAGCCCCAUUUGACUGACUGUGAAACGUCCUCUUGCUUGAAAAGCACGUGUGACCUCUGACUCGUUUCACAACGUGCACCUUCCACCAGCAGCCAUAACUUUGCCCAGGAAUCGAGGCCCGAAUGCAGCAGAGAAAGAAACUUUGGAAUAAACUCUAAAUUGAGCUGUGCAAUGCACUGCAAUGGAUUGUAAAUGUGUAUAGAGUAAAUGAAAGUUGCAUAGGAAUGGAUAUUGAUGUUACUGAACUGCAGUAGAUUGGGACAAAACAAAGGCACUUUGUGUUUAUACUCGAAGGGAGUUAGUAAAUACGUUUGGUUUGAGGUUUUUUUAGCAUCAUUUUGGAUGAUAAUGUAAAUACUUGGAGGGAUCUAAUCUUUGGUAUGCAAUUUUCUGAAUAGACAAGAACCAAAACUGUCCUCCAAUGCAAAUAAAUGUAAACAUUUCUCGUCCACACUCGCAGACCUUAAGCACUGAUUUUUUUUUUUUUUUUUUUUUGCACAUUUGGUUUAAAAUUGAAGCAAACUGCUGUUGGAUUGGUUGCUUUGAUUUGAUCAAUGUGCUGUUACUUGACUGUUUUUGUAUUGCCUUAUAUAACAAUGUCACAUAAGAACUGUAAAGAAAACUUUAGCAUUAACUUAUGCAAAAGGUUGAAUUUAUUUGUAAUAAGACAUCUAAUGUG